UCACACGUGUGUUGAUGUUUUGUGGAAACUGGGAAGCUUGGAGGACGGGAGGAGGGAGACGGUUUGUUUUUGUUCUCCGAGCAUCAGCACAGAACUCAAUUACCUAAACAUAUAAUGCGCGCUACCCUAGAUAUUAAUUCAAAGAUUGCAAUAUUUGUACGGACACAUUGAAACUCAACAAACAUACAGCAUAAUUCGAAAGGGAAAGAAUCGCCACCCCUGACCCCCCUCCCUAAAUAGAAAACCAUGACAAUUCUUCCCAAGAAGAAACCGAACUCGUCGGUCGGUGUUUCGGACCAUUCCGACGAAGCUGACAGAAGAACUGGAGCGGACUCCCACCAACACCCACACGGGAGCCGGUCAAAUACAAGGCCCAGGGCCUCCCCGCCACCUUGGUCGUAUCAGGCCGCUCCACCUUCAUCACGGGAGGACAGACGGAACGAAUCCAGCUCGCGGCCGCAGCAGGCCUCGCCUCCCCCUGUUGGUUCAGGCUCCCCUGUUGUCCCUGUCGACGGCACUAGUAUCGGUGGAAUGUCAUGUGUAACUGGGGGACGUGGAGAGCUGUCAGGCGGAGUCGGUUGUGGCAGUGGCAUCGGAAGCUGCUGUUCGGGGCCAGGGCUUAGCAAGAGGCGACGGCAGGCAACCUGCUCCGGUGGGGUAGCCGGCGGUGGGACCCUUGGUGUUGCCGGUGGAGGUGGUGGAGGUCCUAGCCCGGACCCCGAAGAAGGUGCAGGGUACAACAGCGAAGACGAGUACGAGAAUGCGUCGAGGCUACAGUCCAUGGACCCAGCGACAGUGGAGCAGCAGGAGCACUGGUUUGAAAAAGCACUCAGGGAGAAGAAAGGCUUUGUCAUUAAGAAGAUGAAGGAGGAUGGUGCAUGCCUGUUCAGAGCAGUCGCUGAUCAAGUUUACGGAGACCAAGAUAUGCAUGAAGUUGUUCGCAAGCACUGCAUGGAUUACUUGAUGAAAAAUGCAGACUACUUCUCCAAUUAUGUGACGGAAGACUUCACCACGUACAUAAACAGGAAGAGGAAAAACAACUGCCACGGCAACCACAUUGAGAUGCAGGCAAUGGCGGAGAUGUACAAUCGACCAGUGGAAGUCUACCAACAAGGCACAGAACCAAUCAACACGUUCCAUGGCAUCCAUCAGAACCACGAUGAGCCAAUCAGAGUUAGCUACCAUCGGAAUAUUCACUACAACUCUGUGGUGAACCCCAACAAAGCCACCAUUGGAGUAGGGCUUGGGCUUCCUGCCUUCAAACCAGGGUAUGCAGACCAGUCGCUGAUGAAGAACGCCAUCAAGACGUCGGAGGAGUCGUGGAUCGAGCAGCAGAUGCUGGAGGACAAGAAGAGGGCCACGGACUGGGAGGCCACCAACGAGGCCAUCGAGGAGCAGGUGGCACGCGAGUCCUACCUGCAGUGGCUCCGGGACCAAGAGAAACAGGCACGACAGCCUCGUAAAGCCACAGCGACCUGCAGCUCAGCCACUGCAGCGGCGUCCAGCGGGCUGGAGGAGUGGAGCGCCCGCUCGCCGCGCCAACGCAGCUCUGCCCCCUCCCCCGAGACCUCCGAGCCCGCCCACUCGCACUCAGACGCCGCUGCUAAGCCCCCUUCGCCCCCCUCACAGGCCGGAGCCGCCCCGACCUUCUCCAAACCCCCCUCGCCUUGCGCACCAGGGCCCAGUAACCAGGCAUGCGUAGGGGGUCCAGACCGGCCCACCUCAUCCUCCCUGGCGUCCCUCUACCCAGCGCUGGAGUAUCGCGCCAUCAUGCAGGAAAUGUCACCCACUGCCUUUGGUUUGACAGACUGGGAGGAUGACGAGAUUCUGGCCUCGGUCUUGGCGGUUUCACAACAAGAGUACCUCGACAGCAUGAAGAAGAAUUCGACACAUAGAGAACCUUCUCCGGACAGCAGUUGAUGGAGGCAGCAAGCUGCACGGAGACGGGCACAACACAGGAGACCAAUUCCUGUCUUUUCCUUCACUCGUUCUUUAUCUUCCAUCUUUACCUCUACCCAUCCACCAAUAAAGACCCUCCAUUCAU